AUGACUAAAAACAUAUUAGAAUGUUCAGAUAGAGUUGUAAAAACAGUUGAACCAAUGACUGACCAGUUAUUGUUAUAUGACCAAUUUGUUGAUAGUCAAGGAAAUAUUGAUAUCAAAGUCCUUAUAGGACAUUUAAAGAAAGAAGGAAGAUUACAUCCAAAUGCACUAAUAACAAUUCUAAAACGAAUACAAAAUGUACUAAGAAAAGAAAUGAAUGUUAUUAGAAUCAAUGGACCAACAGCAAUAUUUGGAGAUAUUCAUGGACAGUUUUAUGAUUUAUGUAAUAUCUUUCAAGAUUUUGAAAAUUCUGAUGAAAGUCUAUUGUUUUUAGGUGAUUAUGUUGAUAGAGGAUGUUUUGGUACUGAGGUAUGUACUUUUUUAUUUUGUCUAAAACUUCAAUAUCCUAAUCGAGUUCAUUUAUUAAGAGGAAAUCACGAAUGUAGAUUAAUGACAACCUACUUUAAUUUUAGACAAGAAUGUUUAUGGAAGUAUACUGCUCAAAUUUAUGAUGAAUUUAUGAACACAUUUGAUUGUCUUCCAUUAUGUGGAAUAGUUAAUUCAAACUUAGGAUCAUUCUUUUGUGUUCAUGGAGGCAUUUCUCCUUCACUUCAAAAAAUAAAUGAUAUUAAUUAUAUUGAUAGAUUUCAAGAACCACCUGAAGAUGGAUUAUUUUGUGAUUUAUUAUGGUCUGAUCCUAUGGAUGAUUCAAUGUAUGAAGUUCUUUCCCAAGAAGACAAACUUAUUUUUCAAAAAGAAAUGUAUGAAUUUAAUUCAGUAAGAGGAUGUAGCUACUGUUAUGGAUUUGCUGCAGUAAGACGAUUUCUUAUUAAAAAUGACCUUGUUUGUAUUGUUAGAGGACAUGAAGUUCAAAGAAAUGGAUGUAAAAUGAAUUUUGAAGGAUGUUCAACUUCACCAAUUGCAAUUACUAUAUUUUCAGCACCAAAUUAUUGUGACUGUUAUGACAAUGAUGCUGCUGUAUUAAUGGUUAAUAAUGAUGAACUUAGUUUCUUAUCAUAUAAUUGUGUUUCUCAUCCAUUUUGGCUUCCGAAAUUCGCAAAUGCAUUUUAUUAUACACUUCCUUUAUUAAUUCAACAAAUGAAUACAAUAGCUAGUCGUUUAUUCUCCGCAAUUAUUUUUGAAUCUAUUGAAUCUCUUGAAGACAAAUCACAAACACCUGAAUUACCUGAAGAAGAUGAAAAUACUUUAAAUCAAAUUGAAAAAGCUUUGAAUGACCCUCAUAACAAAAUUAUUAAUCCUCAUAGUAGGAUUGCUAAAACCGCAAAUAGAAGAAGAACACUCGUUGGUUCUACAUUAUCAUUACAAUCACUUGAAACUCCUCCUACUUCAACCCCUCCAAUGUCUCCUCAACAAAAUCAAUCAAAAUCUCGUUUAUCUGCUCGUGAUGCUCGUUUAGAUAAAAGAAGCUUAACUUUAGGAUUAAAAACUGAUUAUUCGGAUACCUCAAAAACAGAAUUUCAUGUUGAAGCUUCAAGUCGUUUCGAAUUGGCAAAGAAAAAUGAUGUAUUAAAUGAAUUAAGACCAGUUGAAAUGAAAGAGUUAAGAAAAGAAUGGCAAAAAUUAAAAGAUAAAUAA